AUGUAUGAGUUUGAUCCCAACUCUGCAAAAGCAGAACACGUCGUCAAAGCUCUGAUCCAAGAGGGAGGAGCCGUUUUCCGGGGACUCCUACAGAUUGAAUAUGACGUGAGACCAUUUAUCAACCUGGACAAGCCCUGGACUGGCGAUUUCUUUCCCCCGGAAACUCGUCGGGUUUGUGGACUGGCUGGGAAAUCCCGCACCUUCAUGGAUCUUGUCGUGGGGAACGCACUGUACCAGGAUGUAUGCAGCAUUCUUUUGACAUCUACUCACUGCUCCUACUAUGGACAGAAACGAGAAGAAUCUGUCUCUCAUCCGCAACUCAACAACACAAUCGUCUUCUCGAUCGGCCCCGGAGCACGGAAUCAGGAACUUCACCGUGACGAUAUGAUUCACCAUAACCAACUCCCCGCGAUCACAUCGGAUCAAUACAGACCCGGUCGCGAUACAGGAAUCGGAUUCUUUGUGGCAGGAAAGAGGACUACGAAGCAGAACGAUGCCACUCGGCUUAUUCCCGGUAGUCACCUCUGGGCUACUGAGACCCCACCAUCUGAGGACCAGGCCGUUUACGCUGAGAUGAACCCCGGCAAUGCGUUUAUCAUGCCAAGCAGCUGCUUCCACGGACGAAGUGCCAACAAGACAGAAAAUGAGGAGAGACUUGUAUACAGCUGCUUUAUGACUAAAGGCUAUCUUCGACAGGAAGAGAAUCAAUACCUUGCUGUCCCCUCUGACAAGGUUUGCGAAUACCCUUUGGAAAUGCAACGCUUGAUUGGGUACCAGGUCAGUCAGCCAUUCUUGGGAUGGGUUGACCUUGAUGACCCUCGGAAGGCACUCAUGGGUGAUGACUGGGAGGAUAACCGAGGGGAUUUGUAUUAA